AUGCGACGAGAUACCAUCCUCGUGAAUGCAAACGGGAAUGCAGUGCUUCGCUUCAAGGCCGAUAAUCCUGGAUUCCGCGAAUCCGAGAAACGCCAUCCCAUUCCGGAAUCACACUACGCGACAUGCCGUGCAGCUCGUCAUCUAUAUGAAGGCAAUGCCGGUGGAAAUACGGAAAAUUUCCUGGAUUUGUCGAAUCAGAAUGUGCCUCCGCCACCGUUGGCGCCUGGAUUCCAGCCGAGAGGGAUUGUGGCCUUAGUGUUUAGUGCGAUUGCCGCAGUGAUUGGACUGCGGUUAUUGUAUGGUACGGACUGGAUGAGAUCAAGGGAAGACCGAUGUUAG